CGCUCGGAGCGCGCACCAUGGCCGUGUGCCCGCCGCUGCGUGACUGCCAGGCGUGGAAGGAUGCGGGUCUCCCGCUCUCCACCCCCAGCAACGAGGCCUGCAAGCUGUUCGACGCCACCCUGACCCAGUACGUGAAGUGGACCAACGACAAGGCUCUCGGGGGCAUCGAGGGCUGCCUGGCGAAGCUGAAGGCAGCAGACCCGACCUUCGCCAUGGGCCACGCCAUCGCCAAUGGCCUCGUGCUGAUCGGCACCGGGAGCUCCGUGCGGCUGGACCGGGAGCUGGCGCUCGCGGUGAAGGACAUGGCGGAGAUGUCCAAAGCCCAGCCGCUGACGCCGCGGGAGCGGCUGCACGUGUCCGCGGUGGAGGCCUUCGCCAAGGGGAACUUCCCCCACGCCUGCGAGCUGUGGGAGCAGGUUCUCCGGGACCACCCCACGGACAUGCUGGCCCUCAAGUUCUCCCACGAUGCCUACUUCUACCUGGGCUACCAGCAGCAGAUGCGAGAUUCCGCGGCCCGAGUCUACCCCUUCUGGACGCCUGACGUCCCCCUGAGCAGCUACGUGAAAGGCAUCUACUCGUUCGGAUUGAUGGAAACCAACUUGUACGACCAGGCGGAGAAGCUUGCCAAAGAGGCGUUGUCUGUGACCCCCACGGACGCGUGGUCGGUGCACACCGUGGCCCACAUCCACGAGAUGAAGGCGGAGGUCAAGGCCGGGCUGGACUUCAUGCAGCGCUCGGAAGCCCACUGGAAGGACUCGGACAUGCUCGCCUGUCACAACUACUGGCACUGGGCCUUGUACCUGAUUGAGAAGGGCGAGUAUGAGGCCGCGCUGACCAUUUACGACGACCACAUCCUCCCCAGCCUGCGGGCCAGCGGCGCCAUGCUGGACGUGGUGGACAGCUGCUCCAUGCUGUACCGGCUGCAGAUGGAAGGGGUGCCUGUGGGCGAGCGGUGGCAGGACGUCCUGCCCGUGACCCGGGAGCACAGCCGCGACCACAUCCUGCUGUUCAACGACGCCCACUUCCUGAUGGCGUCCCUGGGCGCGCGGGACUCCCGGACCACGCAGGAGCUGCUGACCACCCUGCAGGAGGCCAGCGAGUCCCCCGGGGAGAACUGUCAGCACCGCCUGGCCCGCGACGUGGGGCUGCCCCUGUGCCAGGCCCUGGUGGAGGCCGAGCGCGGGAACCCCGCCCGCGUGCUGGAGCUGCUGCUGCCCAUCCGCUACCGCGUGGUCCAGAUCGGGGGCAGCAACGCGCAGAGAGACGUCUUCAGCCAGCUGCUGAUCCACGCGGCCCUGCAGUGCCCCGCGGGCCCCCACAGGAACGUGGCCCGAAGCCUUCUGAUGGAGCGGGACGCCUUGAAGCCCGGCUCGCCCCUGACGGAGCGGCUCAUCCGCAAGGCAGCCGCCGUCCACCUCCUGCAGUGAGCGGGCGGCCCAGCGCAGAUCCGCCGCCCGCGGGCGUCCUAGCUUAGGAGCCACGCCCGACAGGCCUGAGGGGUGGUCUGCAGCUUUAAACCGAGCCCUGUGACCAGCGGCCUCACGGGAAGAGGGAUGUGACUGUGUAGACACGACUCAGAAUCUUCUAAUCCUCGUUCACGGCCAAGGUGCCUGCUGUGUGGCCACUGGCCUUGCAAAUUGUAUUUCCCCAGGGACCUCGCGCCUCCUGCUGUUCAAGGGAUGGAAGCGGGGUGGGAUGGGGGUGGCUCAGCGGGGAGGAGAGGAGGGGGAGUCUUCACAGCCCCAGGGGCACCCCACCCCAGGCUGCCCUUGGGGUAACCCUCACUGCCUUUGCAGCCUCCUCCCGGCAGGUUGGGGUGAGGGAACCAGUGGGCAGUGACUUGCCCAGGCCACAGCGAGUGGAGGCCCUGGCCCUCCUGGGGGAGGGACCUCAUCUCAGCCUCCCCCCUCCGGGGCACAGCCCGCGGGUGCCCUCCUGCCGCGUCCCGGGGCGUUUGGCGACACCGUGAGGGCUUGCCUCUCUUUAUUCUAAGCUGCACCUCGUGAAAGGGCCCCACAGGGUUUCUUCCGUGGGCUGUGACCGGUCAGACGAGCGCAGCGCUGAGCUGCCUGCUUUCUGGGGUGUGAGGGCUGAGCUGGGGUUGCCCUGUUGGGGCAAACACCGAAGCACCGUGACGUGGCUUCCGUAGCACCGUCUCGGCGUCUCGGCACCUGCUUCCGGGUGUUCACCGGGCCCACGGCCCUGAGCCAGGCUUCAUGUGCGGACAGAGCCGCCUCCUGAGGGGAGCAGGGCCCGAGAGGGGCUGGGAGAUGGCGCAAACCCCCCACCCCCCACCCCUUGGAGCCUCUCUCGCUGGGCCCGAAGCAGGCCAUGCCUGGACUUCCCUGUCCCUUCAGCCAACACAUCCUCCUCUCUCUAAAGCUGGUGUGGCCCAGCAGCCAUGGCUCAGUGGUUGAGUGUGGACCUAGGAACCAGUUCACGGUCCCAUUCCCGGUCAGGGGCACACGCCUGGGUUGUGGGCUUGGUUCCCAGUAGGGGGCGCAUGCAGGAGGCAGCCGAUCCCUGAUUCUCUCUCAUCAUUGAUGUUUCUACCGCUCCCUCCCUCUCCCUUCCUCUCUGAAGUCAAUAAAAACAUAUUAAAAU